CAUAGAGUGAUCAAGGUUUGGAACGCACAGUGAAAUCCAAGUCUAGGGGACUGGACCUUCCCUCAGUUGUGUGAGUGAGUGAAAGCUGGACAUGUCGGAGAGGAAAAGUGCGACCAAAUCCAGGAAAGCUUCCAGGAAAAGUUCUGGUAAAUCACAAAUUAAUGAUCUGAACAGUGAAGAUGCAGCCAAAAGGAAAGCCGCCUUGGAAGCUGCGAUCAGGCGCAAGAUAGAAUCAGAAAAGAAAGCUCUACAAAUUGUCGAACGGCUCCUAGAUGAUGAUAUUUCAGAGGACUUCUUAGUGGACUGUAGCCGGUUUAUUUCUCCAGCCCAUUAUAAGGAUGUAGUGGAAGAGCGGUUCAUCAUCCGGGCAUGUGGCUAUCCCAUAUGCAAAAAGAAGAUUGAAAAUGUGCCAAAACAAAAAUAUAGAAUUUCUACAAAAACAAAUAAAGUCUAUGAUAUCACAGAACGAAAGUGUUUUUGCAGCAAUUUUUGUUACAGAGCAUCAAAGUAUUAUGAAGCUCAGAUUGCUUCAAGUCCUAUCUGGAUGAGAGACGCUGUAAGCUACUCAGAAAUCCAGCUGAUGCAACCGGGAGAAAGUGGCCAUUCUGGAUUGGAAAUCAAAUUAUAUGACAAAUGUAUCAAAACAGAAGAGAUUGAAAAGUCUCUAGGAUCAAAGGAGGACUCUGAAAAUCUCGAUAAUAGCGAUAAUGACAAUGAACCAGCGCAAGAAUUUGUUACGUCCAUUAUUUCGAUAGAUAGGCCGGAUACUGAAUAUCAGGAGAGCGAUGUCGCACAGAAAUCCAGUGAUGAAAUACAAGGUCUGGUAGAAGUAACAGAAAAAAUAGAUCUUUGUGAUCGUAAUAGGACUGUUUCUUGCACGCAAGAUCAGCCUUUAAGUUCCACCUCUAAAGAUGCAGAAGAGAAAAAAGAUAUUUCUAAAACCUCAGAACACAGUGAAUUAGAUGUCUCUGGCGUAACUCAAAGAGCUGUGAGCAAAAAAGGAGCAGAGGAGCUCCGGAAAAUACUUCGUAAUUCCAAGCAAUAUCAGUCUGCGUUAAAAGAAAAAAUUCCCACAGUUAUCGUAAAGGGAAGUAUGAUUGACGUUCUCACACAGACCUUAAAUGAAUGGAAAACGGAGGAAACGCUAAAAUAUUUGUACGGUUCUAAUUACGUAUUGAAACUCACGGCUCCUGCGGAUGACCUUUCACUAGUAGAAGAUCUGGAUGAGGAUGACUUUGAAAGUUCCCUUGAAGCUUCUAAAGCUGAAGGUUCAACCAGUUUGGAUGAAUCUUUGAUGUAUAAGAACUUUAACGAUGCCGUAAACCCGGUGCCAGAUUUGGAAAAACUUCAAGAAGAAACUGAAAUUUUAAAUAUUAAAGCAAGAGAAUUUUUUAAAGGGAAUUAUAUAUUGCCAGAAGAACUGGAAAACAAAAAAGCAGACAAUACAGACAAAAAACAGGAGAACUCUACCACUUGGGAUCCCUCGCUUCCACUUGUAGAUUCCUGCUCUCAGCAACAGAUCCGAAAACGCAUUGUGCUUGAAAAACUUAAAAAAGUUUUGCCCGCUAUUUUAUUGCCUCUACAACUUACUUAUAGCGAUGUCUCCAAGGAGUUACACAGUCUUGUAAAAACCUUUAGAUUUACAAAUAAAAAUAUCACCCACACUAUCCCGGAAUGGUCAAUAAUCGCUAUUGUUCUCUUAUUCGCAUUGCUGCCGACGAUGCCUCUCCAUAAAGAUUCUCAGCAGAGCCCUGUGUACACGGAAUUCAUUUCCAAGCUGCUGGAGGAAUUACAGUUUCAGAGCGAAGAUCUUGAAAGUUUAAAACAAAAGCUCAUAAGCAAAACUUUAGUUGUGUAAACAGUGAAUAGUAAAGAAUAUACAUGGUCUGUACAUUCGGCCUGGAAA